CUCAGAACCGCCGGGUUUGCUCGGUGAUUCAUUCAAGGUAAAUAUAAGGCUAAGGCAGCCGCUCCAGAAGUCCUAGGAAGCAGCCUGCAAGCAGGUUCAUCCUCUUCGUGUGUCUUCAACCCAGUGAUGACAUGUCACCCCAAAAGAAAUUGGAGGGCCUUGUGGCAGCCACCAUCACUCCGAUGACGCAGGACGGAGAAAUCAAUCUCUCUGUGAUUGGCCAGUAUGUUGACUACCUAAUAAACAAGCAAGGUGUUCGAAAUGUGUUUGUGAAUGGAACCACGGGGGAAGGCUUGUCCCUGAGCAUCCAGGAGAGGAAGCAGCUGGCGGAGGAAUGGGUGACCAGGGGCAAAGAUAAGCUUGAUCAUGUGAUAGUUCAUGUUGGAGCACUAAGUUUACCAGAAGCAAAGGGACUGGCCAGACAUGCAGCAGAAAUAGGAGCAGAUGGCAUAGCAGUUAUUGCUCCCUCCUUCUUUAAACAGGUGAAUAAAGAUGCCCUGGUUGCCUUCCUGCGGGAUAUUGCAGCUGAAGCUCCUGAUAUCCCAUUCUAUUAUUACCACAUCCCUCACUUGACUGGAAUAAAAAUUUGUGUUGAAGAGCUGCUAGAUGGGAUGAUACAGCAGAUUCCCAGCUUUGCGGGAGUGAAGUUCAGUUCCACGGACCUCUUGGAUUUUGGACGGUGUACAAAGAAAAACGAUAAAGGCCAAUUCGCUCUUCUCUAUGGUGUGGAUGAGCAGCUCCUGUGUGCGCUUGCAAUGGGAGCAACAGGAGCAGUUGGAAGUACAUAUAACUAUUUGGGCAAGAUAAACAACUUGAUGCUGGAAGCUUUUGCCAGUGGAGAUCUUCAUUCUGCACAAAAAUAUCAGUUCUGUGUUCAGGAAUUCCUCGGCUUUGUUAUUGCUCAAGGAUUUGGUGUUCCACAGAUCAAAGCGGUUAUGAGUUUGAUUUCAGGGAUACCAAUGGGCCCACCACGGCUUCCACUCUCAAGUGCCUCGGAGGAGUUUGUUCUUAAAGUGAAAGCCAAACUAGAAAGCUUAAAGAACUGUCCCUACACUUUGCAUUAAGCCGCUACAUCCCAGCAGGGUCCUAUUUGACUUGGUGGUCUGUUACCUUUUGAAAUGGAAUACUUGCAAUAAGUCUGGAAUGACUAGCUUCUUAUUGGGAAUUAUAAAACAAUGUUCUCUAACAAUUUCUAUGUGGAAAUCAGGAAGAAACCAACUUAAUUUUGAAAAUCUGAGAAAACUGGACCAAAUGAAGAAUUUCUCCUUCCGUGUGAUAUUCUUGAUCCUUUCACACAAAGCAAGAUGAAGAUCACAAUAACUGGAUUUGUUCGCUCUUCCUUUUUUCAUAAUUAUAGAAAACUCUGUCAGAGUAUUGACGUUUGUCAGUGGAAAGAUUGCUAGAUCAGCAGACGCUGUGUUUCAGAAAUCAGGACUCUGCAAGCUUUUAGUUACAACAGAAAACUAAGUUUACUAAGUACAUCUACACACGUCUAUUCACAGCAGGCAUCAGACAGGAACGACAAAGCACAACACAACUGUUUCUGAACAUCUGCUUAUCUCACUUCUGGCUGAGACCAGAUCCUCCCACUUCUUCCCAGCCAUUUCUGUAAAGGUUACAUUUUCUCUGCCUUUCACAGUAUUUCUAAUACACAAUUGAGCAAAAUAGAAUCCAUCUUGAAAUACAUCUUAAUCCAUCUUGAAUUACAUAGAAACACAUUGAAAAACACACAUACAUAUCUCAAUAAUCCUGACAAACUCAAGGUCUAGCUUCUAGUAUUGUUUCAAUUAUACAAGUUCUCGAAAUUUGCAAAGUGAAGCAGCCAGCAUCCCACAGGACCAAUCGUUGUUGUUCUCUGUGACUGCCAGCAGAUCCUACAUAUUUUAAUGGGCGAAGAUGUAGGAAAAAUAUAAACUUCAUGGCACACUCCAGAACCAGUAUGUUUCUAAUGAAGAGGGAAUCUUCAACAUGAAAUUUCUUCUCAACCCUUCUUUCUAUGCAUGCAUAGACAAAAUUUAACGUUUUCUAAAGGAAAUGUAGUUCAU